UUUGGACGCAUCUGGCGGGCAGAGAUCUCGAUUAGAAGCCUCACUGCUCGCGCAUUUCUCGGUAUUCGCCCCAGAUUUUGUCUGCUCCAGGAGGGUGAUUCGUGGAGAACCGCGCCGAUCUUGAGAAUGCAGGAAAGCUUCGCAUUCGGUAAUUUUUUGAGCUCCUGUUUUGGAUUUCCAGAUGGAACGCCUGAAGUCUGAAGCGUACAUUGUUGAUCAGCUGUCGAUCGCUGAAAGAUAGGAAUUUGAUCCACUUGAGUUGCUACAGUUUGCGCUUGUCGGGAUCUUCCUGGCCUAUCGGUUCCUCGGGAAAAAGCGGAGAUUGUUCACGAGGACGGUAUGAUGACGUUGUUGCAUUCACGAGAACAUUGCUCUGAUGCCAUCUAUGAUUUCAUCAUAUCUUCGCUUUUCUAGCUGGUAGAAGCAUUUUUUUCAUCCAAGAAGGCCAAAGCAGUAUUUUCUUCAUGUGAUUGGUUUAAACGCCGAAGACAACGUUUGGUAUGGUGUAUCAAAAGGCCACUCUAUCUUAUACUUUUUCUAACAGCAUUUGCCGAUUCCAGUAAGCGAUGAUGAAUCGGAGUCCUUGUUAUAGCUGAGAAGGGUCUGUUCAACUUUGGGAAGAUAUGAGUUCCAACCAGCAGGAAAGAAAAGUCGAUGGCUUCACUGAGAAGGUUAUUGUUGCGGUCAAGGCUUCAAGAGAAAUCUCAAAGAGUGCCCUUGUUUGGGCUUUGACGCAUGUUGUUCAGCCUGGCAGAAGACUAUGGGUUUUUCCAAGAUUUGCUACUGAUUGUGCUAGUAGAAGCUCCCAGUUUGGUACUAUUUUGGAACAGAAGUCUGACAUUACUGAUUCAUGUUCCAAAAUGCUACUUCAACUUAAAGAUGUUUAUGAUCCAAAUAAGACAAGUAUCAAGAUAAAGGUCCUUUCCGGCUCUCCUUAUGGUGCAGUAGCAGUGGAAUCCAUGCGAGUUCAGUCGAAUUGGGUUGUCCUGGACAAACAUCUGAAGCACGAGGAGAAGCAUUGCAUUUGUAAACUCCAAUGUAACAUUGCGGUCAUGAAGCGGUCUCACCCUAAAGUUCUCAGAUUGAAUCUACUAGAAUCUCACAAGACAAAUCCCCAAACGCUUUGUGGUUCUGAUAAAAGCACUAUUGGCAAUAAUUCUCCAAAGUCUAUUAAAGGACCGUCUGUAACGCCGACUACUGCUAGUAGUCCUGAUGUGGAUGCAUCAUUCACUGCUACUGAAGCUUGGACCCCCUCAGCCUCAAGCUCAGAUCCUGGAACAUCUCCAUUUUUAGUCACUGAAAGAAUUGUGUCUGUAGAAACAAAAGAUCAAGCAAGUGCUGAAGGAAUAAGGAAUGCACACGUGACUGCCUUUAACGGGAAUUUAACUCCAGCAAGAUCACAAUUUCAGCCAUGGACAGCUGAGGUUUUAGCCAUUGGCUGCCCAUCUCCAAAAGUCACUCAUCAUAAGUCUCCAGAAAGCCACGUAACUACAGCAAAAGCUUUGAGUGAUAAAUUUUCUAAACUCGAUAGGGAGGCUGGAAUUAAUUCUCUCAGAUACAUGUCAGAUUUAGAUUUUAGCGUCAGAGAAGCAAUUUCUGUGUCUAGAAAUACACCAGGGCCACCUCCACUAUGUUCACUAUGUCAGCACAAGACACCAGUGUUUGGAAAACCUCCCAAGUGGUUCAGCUAUUCUGAGCUAGAACUUGCCACAGGUGGAUUUUCCCAAGAAAACUUCUUAGCAGAGGGUGGAUUUGGCUCUGUGCAUCGGGGCAUCCUGUCAGAUGGUCAAGCAAUUGCAGUCAAGCAACAUAAACUAGCUAGUUCACAGGGGGACCAUGAAUUCUGUUCGGAGGUGGAAGUUCUAAGCUGUGCACAACAUCGCAACGUCGUGAUGUUGAUUGGAUUCUGUGUCGAAGACAAGAGAAGGUUAUUGGUCUAUGAAUAUGUGUGCAAUGGCUCAUUGGAUACUCAUCUUUAUGGUCAAGAACGAGAUCCACUUGAAUGGGCUGCCAGGCAAAAAAUAGCAGUAGGAGCUGCUCGGGGUUUGCGAUACCUUCACGAGGAGUGCAGAGUUGGUUGCAUAGUCCACAGAGACAUGAGGCCAAAUAACAUUCUUCUAACCCAUGAUUUUGAACCUAUGGUUGGAGAUUUUGGCUUAGCAAGAUGGCAACCUCAUGGUGAUCUCGGUGUCGAGACACGAGUUAUAGGCACUAUUGGUUAUCUGGCUCCAGAAUAUGCCCAAAGUGGGCAAAUUACAGAGAAGGCCGAUGUCUUCUCCUUCGGAGUGGUACUACUGGAGCUGAUCACCGGACGUAAAGCAGUUGAUAUAAACCAACCAAAGGGCAAUCAGUGUCUCACUGAAUGGGCUCGCCCUUUGCUUGAUGAAUCUGCAAUCGAAGAGCUUGUCGAUCGGCGUCUAGGGAGCCUCUACUCUGAGCAUGAGCUGAAGUGCAUGCUGCACGCAGCUUCUCUGUGCAUCAAUCGCGAACCCGACUUCAGACCUCGAAUGUCUCAGGUUCUUCGGAUUCUUGAAGGUGACAUGGUCAUGGAUUCGAGCUGUGGUUCGACGCCUAUGUGUGCCAAUGGAAGCAUGAGCAGAAGGAUGUGGCUAGAACACCAACAACAAUCACAGCAGAAUGAACAGCAACAACAACAACCACAGCCGGAUGAACAGCAACAACAACCACAGCAGGAUGAACAGCAACCACAACAACCACAGCAGGAUGAACAACAACCACAACCACCACAGCAGGAUGAACACCAACAACAACAACCACAGCAGGAUGAGCAGCAACAAGAACUACAGCAGAAUCCUUAGAUUUGUAUUCUCUUGGAUUUUUUUUGUUCUUCAAUUCUUUUCACUUUUUUCGUUUGUUGGGUUUGAUCUUUAGAUUUGAUUUGCUAAUGUGUUUAUAUAAGUAUAUUUGUGAUGAUGUGUCACUUUUAGUGUUGAAUAUAAUUCUGCUUGCUUAUUGA